UUGGAGGUCAAUGAUGACAUUCAAUCACCUCAACCAUCAUCAUCAUCCGCGCAUGUUAUACAAGAACAAGAACAAGAACAACAAGUUGAGGAUGAUCAACAGCAACAACAAGAUGACAACAGUGAUUAUGAAUAUAUGGAGGGUAGUAGGAUAAUGUUGAUCGUUGAUGCAGAUGAAACAACAAACAAAGCAUUCCAAGAGGUUGUCAAUGUGUUUGAUCCAGAUAAGGAUGAACUAUAUCUUCUCACAGUAACAAGCUCACUGGACUACCUUAAUGAUGAAAAGAACAGCGCUAAACUUGCUCUGUUUAAGUAUCAAAGUUACUUGGACACCAGAAAGAUUGAAUACCAACCUAUAAGCGUAGAAUCAUUGUAUAUAUUAACAGAGAUACUUAAACAGAUAGAGGACAACGAGAUCGAUAUUGUGUACAUUGGAUCACGAGCAUUGUCAACAGUGGCCAACACAGACAAUAUCAUAUUCUCAUUAUUUAGCUACAUGAAACAAUCAGUAUUGGGAACCAUUGUGGAAGGUUUGGAACGAUCUUCAUUCGACCAGGAAUGGAAACUCAAUAUCAUAUCUUGA